AUGUUUUUUGAUCGUGAAUCAACAGUCGUUAUUACUAAAUUCAAUAAUUUAUCUGAAUCAGUCUUAACAUCUUAUUGUAAAAAAUUUGGUAGUGUUAUUCGAUGUUUAAUUAAAACUUCUACUCAAUCUCGAAAUAAAGAUCUUUGUAAGUUCUAUUUUAGCUCACACAUAUCAAUAAUAAUAUGAAAUUUAUAAUAUCCUUUUUUUCUUAAAAAUUUGAUCAUUAAAAUUUAUUGGUUAAGUUUUAGCUCUGUUGAGUAGGAAAAGAAAUGUUAGUUAUUUGAACAAUACACUAAAGGUUAUUUUUUUUAACUGUCAAAUUGAAACAUUUGACCUACGAUCUUUUUUAUGUUGAUUAUCAAAAGAAAUAGAUGAUUUCAUUUUGAAAUCAUUUAUUAAUUUUAUACGAUAAAACUAAUAAUUAUCACAGAAAAUAUACUGACGCUCGAUAAACGAAGCAUUACUUAAUCUCUUAGUUUUAAAAAGUUAAUAGAGACUAGAAAUACUUUAUUUUAAAACGAUUCAAAUAUUGAUUAUUGUGCAGACUUUUGCAAAGGAUAUAAAUCUAUGUGAUUUUAUGCAUUGAAUGUUCACAAUGAAGAUAAUUGUCACAGUCAAAUUCAAAUAGUCCGAAUUUCUGUUAUACCUUUUAUAAUAUGUACUUAUCAAGAUUAUUUAUAGAAAAAUGCAUAUAAAUAUAUUAGCAUAGUCAACAUUUCUAGGAGAAAAUUUUUGUUAUUACUAGUACGCUGCUUAAUUACGACCCAUUGAAGGCUUAGUUUUAUUGUAGUGCUUGAUAAUAAUGUUGAUUAAGCUAGUUCAUUUCUCUAGUUGUGUCCAUAUCUUUACGCCCAAAAGAGAAAAAAUAACACAAGUGAAUCAUAAUGAUCAUUUGUUGUUAGAUUAUUGUUAUUGAUUUCAAUCCAGCUAAAGCAUUUUUCGUUGUAGAAAUG